UUCUGAGAGCCUUCCUUUGGUGUACAGACUUAUUACCGCACUCAGAAUGCCAGCCGUAGGGUUAGAGAUACUAGGACUAAGCCUAGCUAUUUUAGGUUGGAUCGUGGCCAUCGUGUCCUGCGCUUUACCCAUGUGGAAGGUCACCGCUUUCAUCGGGGUGAACAUUGUAACAGCGCAGACCAUAUGGGAGGGAAUCUGGAUGAACUGUGUGGUACAGAGCACCGGACAGAUGCAAUGUAAAAUCCACGACUCCAUGCUGGCCCUCAGCUCGGACCUGCAGGCGGCCCGGGCUCUGUGCAUCGUCGCUAUCGUGAUGGGAGUGCUCGGACUUCUCUUCUCCAUCGUGGGGGCGAAGUGCACUCAAUGCGUGGAGGAGGAGCGAGUCAAAGCCAAAGUUAUGAUCACAGCUGGCGUCACCUUCAUUUGCGCUGCCGUUUUGCUUUUGAUCCCCGUGUGCUGGACGGCUCACAGUAUCAUCAGGGAUUUCUACAGUCCUGUCAUCCUCGAGCCUCAGAAAAGGGAGAUAGAAGUCAUGUCUUUAGGCCUGGAGCUCAUCGGUAUUGUCCUGUGUGUGCUGGGCUGGCUGCUGGCCAUCGUGGCUUGCACUCUCCCCAUGUGGAGGGUCACAGCCUUCAUCGGCUCCAACAUCGUGACCGCUCAGAUCAUCUGGGACGGUUUGUGGAUGUCCUGCGUGGUUCAGAGUACCGGACAGAUGCAGUGUAAAGUCUACGACUCCAUGCUGGCCCUUUCCCAGGACCUCCAGGCAGCCCGAGCCCUGACCGUGAUCUCCAUCCUCCUCACCGUCCUGGCUGUAUUGGUGUCCAUCGGAGGAGCAAAGUGCACCAAUUGCAUUGAGGAUGAGUCGUCCAAAGCUAAAGUCAUGAUCUUAGGAGGGGUUCUUUUUAUCGUGGCUGGGCUGAUGCAGCUGAUUCCCGUUUCCUGGUCUGCCAACAGCAUCAUCAGGGACUUUUACAACCCUUUGCUCUCUGAUGCUCAGAGACGGGAACUCGGAGCGGCGCUUUACAUCGGUUGGGCAGCCUCUGCGCUCUUGAUCAUGGGAGGCUCGUUGCUCUGCUGUUCCUGCCCUCCACAGGAGAAAAAAUACAACCCGCCUAGAAUGCCGUACCCUGCGUCUCGCUCCACACCCGGUGCUGGGUAUGACAGAAGAGACUAUGUAUAAAACGAACACAGAAGAGAUUAUUGUUGAAAUGCUCAAUGCGGAGGCAUAAUUUUUCAGAGAAAUAAAAAUAUGCCACUCAGACUCCUCGAGGGAACAUGUCUGAGGAAGUUCAUUGUAUUUAUGUUGGUCUCUAUGUAAGUAUGUUCGUGGGGGACAUUCUGAAAUUACCGUUUACUGAGUGUGUUAUACUCAAAUGAGAAGAAGUAGGAAUGUUACUUUUGCUAUUAACAUAAAAGUGUAUAGAGCUGAUCAUUCGUGCAAGAAGUUAAUAUGAACUGAAUGAUAGAAUAAAGGUAAAAUGCUAACCAGCCACAUGAUCUAAUUUCUAAAUAAAUUAAUAUUUUACAUUUUAACAAAAAAAUGUAUGUUAUCUAAAAUGAUUGUUUACUGACCAUUGUUCUAUAUGCAUGUAGCUGAUUUAAACUUAUGAUAGAAACCUUAAUGUUAUCAAUGUUUUCAAUUGUUAUGAUCCUCAUGUCUCCUAAACUUGAUUGAAUUGUUCGCUUUUUAUUUUUAUGUUGCGCAUCUCUUUACAAUUUACUUUGUAUGCAUUGCAACUGUUUAAUAUUGUGAUUUGUGUUGAUACUUAUUU